GUGAAAGUAUUGUGGACAUUUGAAAUUCUCGCGAUACUGAAUGAGGAAGAUCGCAGAUGGUCUUCCGUACUAGUCAAACGCAGCAGGACCGAGCCCACACAUAGCUUAUAGGAACAGUUUUGGUAAUGACAGAUAAAAUGUCAUUUUGUGAUUGGUUUUGAGAUACCUUUAGCUUCCAAGUAUAUUUUAGUCAGCUCGCUAGUCUUUUUGAUUUCAUGUUUUAUAGUUGUCCAUCACUGGUAUUAUUGCCAACCCUUGCGGUUCUCCAGAUAGUCAUAGUAAACUGCACCCUUCGCUCUAGUCAAUUGCAUGAAAAAUGACUGGAGAGAAGAUUCGCUCCUUGCGCAAGGACCAUAAACCAAGCAAAGAAGAGGAUUUACUGGAACCGGACGAGGAGGCUGCAACUGGUGCAUUUGCUUCAACCAAGACUAACAAUAAAGGCAAACCUAGUAAAAUCGUAAUCAACCACAAGUUGAUUAAAGCGCCAUCAACACAGCAGCAACAAAACCAGCAGUCGCAGAUAAAUGCAAACACAAAUUUAUCAACGGCGGACGUUAUCGAUGAUAACAACAAAAACCCUAUCCUCCGAAAUAACUUGGACUUUCCUGUCCAUGAAUGUGUCUUCAAAGGAGACGUUCGUCGAUUAUCCUCGCUCAUUCGAACUCAGAAUAUCGCCCAGAAAGAUAUCCAUGGAAACACACCCCUGCAUCUGGCUGUCAUGAUGGGCCACAAAGAGUGCGCCCAUUUGCUGCUAGCCCACAAUGCACCAGUGAAGGUAAAGAACGCCCACGGAUGGAGUCCCCUCGCGGAGGCCAUCAGCUACGGAGACCGACAGAUGAUCACGGCAUUGCUGAGAAAACUGAAACAGCAGUCUAGAGAGACUGUGGAGGACAAAAGGCCUCGGCUUCUGACCGCCCUCAAAGAGUUGGGGGACUUUUACUUGGAGUUUCACUGGGACUUUCAAAGUUGGGUGCCAUUGCUGUCCCGGAUCCUGCCUUCAGACGCAUGCAAGAUUUACAAGCAAGGAAUCAACAUAAGACUGGACACAACCCUGAUAGACUUCACUGACAUGAAGUGCCAACGCGGGGAUCUCAGCUUUAUCUUCAACGGCGACGCCCUCCCCUCAGAGUCCUUUGUGGUGCUGGACAACGAACAGAAGGUGUACCAGCGUAUACACCACGAAGAGUCUGAGGUGGAGACCGAGGAAGAGGUGGACAUCCUGAUGAGCAGUGACGUCUAUUCUGCCACCCUCUCCACCAAGUCCAUAACCUUCUCCCGAGCCCAGACGGGCUGGCUGUUCAGGGAGGACAAGACGGAGCGCGUGGGACAUUUUCUGGCAGACUUCUACUCAGUAAACGGUCUUGCGCUGGAGUCGCGAAAGCGCAGAGAGCACCUUAGUGAGGAGGACAUUCUGAGGAACAAAGCCAUCAUGGAGAACCUGAGCAAAGGGGGAACCCUCAUUGAGCAGAACUUUGAGCCUCUGAGGAGGCAGUCUCUUACUGCCCCUUCACCCAACACCAUCUCCUGGGAUGAAUACAUCACGGCAGAGAAUGGAAAAGCACCUCAUCUGGGAAGAGAGCUGGCAUGCAAAGAGAGCCGGAAGAACUUCAAAGCGACUGUAGCCAUGAGUCAAGACUUUCCUUUGGAUAUAGAAUCGUUACUAAAUGUUCUGGAGGUGAUUGCACCGUUCAAGCACUUUAAUAAGCUCAGGGAGUUUGUUCAGAUGAAGCUACCCCCUGGUUUUCCUGUCAAACUAGACAUCCCUGUCUUUCCAACCAUUACGGCCACAGUGACUUUUCAAGAGUUCCACUAUGACGAGUUUGAAUUGUGCAUCUUCAGCAUCCCCAACGAGUACAAAGAAGACCCCAGCCGUUUCCCUGACCUUUAACCCCUGUGGCUGGUUACCUGAGAGGGCGUGUAUCAAGCUCACCCACAUACGGCGUUGAAGUUACAUUUGAAUAGGGGGUUGCGAUGCAUUUUUGAAAGGAAGAUAGGGCAACUUAUUCACUUUAAGAACGAUGUAAGUAUGCAGCACAUGUUCUGCUCAUAUAGGGGAUCACAUAGUUGACCUGUUGAAAAGCACUGAAUUUACUGUUCGUGUGAACCAACAUCACUGAACACCAGGGCACUGUUUUGAUGCACUAUGUCCUGUCAGUACUGAAUUUUCCUGGGCAGCGUUUGGGGAAAAAAGCUGAAUCUGGUCGUAAGUAUUGGAUCUGCAAUACAUCGUCAUGGGGGCAAUGAUGAACGUGCUCAUGUAAAAAAUAAAAAUAAUAAUUUUGGGGGUUAAGUUUGACUGACAGCAAGUGGAAUUAGCAUUAUACAUUUCAAUCCUUGUUGGAAAUGUAUAACCCUAGCCUUGGCAUACAAUGUAAACAAACUUCAACAAACAAUUCAGUUUAAAGAACUGAUAAUAGGAAGAGAAAUUGGAAGUAUGGUGUAAAGUUCAUCUUUAUUUGCACAAUAUGUAAAUACCUUUUCUUUUUAUCCAUUCUGUUUUCUUCUUUUUUUCCUUUUAAGUCUUUCGUGAUAUAUUUUAUAGAAUGAACGAUGCCCUCCUUGUGGAGAACUUUGUCUGUAAAGUUUGGUUGGUUUGCACCUUUAUGGCACUGGCUGGUUUUGUAAAUAGAAAUAACAUGAGUUUGUGUUGUUGGGUUAAAGUCUUCAAUUCCUCUUUGUGUUGGUUUUCUUUGUUCACACAACUCAUCUUUUAGAUAAACAUGAACCCACUUCUGCUUUGUGGAGUAUUUUAGCAGCAAUGUUUAUGAAUUUGUUUACGUUUUUCUGUUCAUUUUAAGUUGGUGAGUAUUGGCUCAGCUCAGUAUAUUUGUAAACUUCUGCAUCAUACUUUAUAUGCCUCACUACUGGUUAGUGCAGCCAAUGAAAGUGUGCAUCCUCCCCUUUUCAUGUUGAGUUUGGUUUGUACAAGCACCAUACAGGUUUUUUAGCUGUUAGCAGCCUAUGUGUACACCUUCUGUAUUACGGCAUGUAUCGUUGUACAGCUAAAUCCAAUACGUACGCUUGGUACAUUUUCAUAUACAACAUACUGAAAUAAAAACCUUUCUAGAAUAUC